AUGGAACAAAUGGUUACAGAGCCGCAAAAACAUCCGGGAGCUCAAGAACUACUUGGGAAGCAAGGAAAACUGAUCAUCGUCCUGGACAGAACUUAUGACUUCACCAACUCCGAGGGCUGGGCGACUAGUUCCGGGUGCGUCAUAUUGAAGUGUGGCGGUGGAUACCAGGAGUCGUUGGCCCACGCCGGUACCUGCAAUGGCAGGCCACUAACCAAGGUCAAGUACGCGAAGGCCGGCACCACAGAGAUCAUCGUGGGCUCUAACAAGUCCAUCUUGGGCAAGAACGGCAAAGGCGUCAUCAAGGGCAAAGGACUUCGCAUCAAGAACGCUCAGAACGUCAUCAUUCGUGACAUCAGCAUCACAGACAUAAACCCGAAAGUCGUCUGGGCAGGCGACGCGCUGGCCUUCGACAACGUGAAGAACGUGUGGGUGCACGGCGUCACCUUCGCGGUAAGGAGACACUUAGGCUAAGGUGCCCAGUUUACU